UGUGCAUGCAUGAACAUGCCUGCACAAAAGUUUGCCGUAUUUAUAUAUCUUUUAGAUUAUGAUGUAUAUUCUUUUCUUUUUUUUGUUUGUUCCGAGUUUACCUUUGAAUAUGAAACAUUUUACAGUAUAUAUUUUUUUCCCACAGACACAAACAAGGUCACCCUCGAAAAACUUAAUGAGAAGCUAUUUGACAAAACUGAAGAGAUAUUUAAUGAUAUUGAAAAGGCAGUUAAGUUCAGAAAGCCUCCAUCGGUCCUUAGAGAACUCUGGACAAAAUUCUACCAAACUGUCGUUCACCAAGACCAGGAAAGGGGGACUUGUCCUCAGCAGGCAGUCGAUACUCCAGAAGUUCAUCUGUACAAAAAGAAGGAAUUAAUGUCUAUCCUAAGUGAUACGAGAUUAACUUGGAAUACGUUAGAAGAGAUUGGACACAUGAGUUUAGAGGAGCAGUUUCAUCAACUUGGAUGCAAGCUUAGACUUCUGGAAAAAGAUAGUGAGGAAUAUAAGCUUCUGGAGGAGUAUGCAGGUGCUUGCCCAAACUCUCGCCGAGGAACUCUGUUGGACGUGUGGUCUGUGCAUCGUCCCCAAGACAAGAUCAGGACUGAAGAGAUUGCAAAACUGGACUACCGUAAACUUCUCUGGUAUGGAGUAAACGUGGCACAGAUGGCUGCUGUACUUCAGCAUGGAUUACGAAUCACGCCGUUUUCUGGGGGAAGUUUGGGCAAGGGAAUUUACUUAACUCCAGAACAUGCAAAGGCUUCGUGGAACGUGGGUGUUCACUGGGGAAAGUAUGAAGAUGAACGGAAUGUUGGUUUCAUGUUCCUUGUGGAGACUGCACUCGGCAGAAUGAGGUACAUCAAAAUGGGUAACAGUUCGCUGACCAGACCUCCAGAUGGCUUCAAUUCUAUAGCUGCCAAGGGAAGAUUAGAACCAGAUCCAUCAAAUGACGAGAUGAGGAAAUUUGAUGGCAAAAGAGUAGUGGUACCCAUUGGACCUCCUGUGCCGCAGAAAGAAUUUGAGGCAAGCGGCUUUUUACAGAGCCAGUAUGUGGUCUAUGAUGAAGGACAGGUGCAGCUCCGAUAUCUUACAAAGUUUUCAUUUGCUUAAGAGAUGAAUCCUGUGAUAUAUAUAUAUAGAUAUAGAUGUCUUGUAUGCUUUUUUGUUUGUUGAUGUUAGGGGGUCUAUUUCUUUGCCAUAUAUUUAUUUUUUUGCCAAAUAUAUUUAUUAUUUUAUUUUUCACUUCUAUCAAGCAUUUGAUAAAUAUUCCAUAGAUCUGAUAAAUUCAGUAAGUUAUUUAUUUAUCCAUAGCUCAUACUGUUCAUACAUAUUGUUAGUUAUCAAGGAAGAUAAUGCACAAAAUGUAUUUCAUGACAUGAUCUGUAUGUGUGUACAUAACAUAUGCACGCACACGCUCACUCAAAUGGAUAUCUAUUAUAAUGGAGUUUAAUGGCAUUUCUAGUGUUUAUUUUGAAAUUGUUAUCAAGAAAAUUAAUAUUCCUUAGUUAUUUUUCCGUAAUAUGUAUACUUUCUCUCAUUUUUCAUUUAGGUUUUAUUAAAACUGUGAACAGUGUUGUGUAUAUAGUCAAUGUGUACUAUGUAGUGAUAGUCCUAUGAUUUUUUUUUUUAUAUCCUAUUUCCUGUUAUUUUUUUUCUGUAUAAUGUUUAUUGCCAUCUCAAGAAGUGUUUAAAAGAAGUUAAAUAACAGCUGGUAAAGGACCAAUAAGGUGCAGAGAUAACCAAAGAUAAGGGACCAAGGUAGAAGGUAUAAGCAAAUGGGCCAGUAUUGCAAUUUGGACUGUCUAUUCUGAAAAUACAUUGAGAUUGUAUUGAAAAUUUGUAAUGUGCAAGGGGGAAAAUUAAAAAAAAGAAAAAAAAAGAAACACAAAUAUCUUAGCAUAUGCACUAAAUGUUACCGAUUAUGGAAGUAAUGUAUUACUUGUUAAUUUUUUACAAGAAAUUGUUUCUAAUUCACAGGUUGUAAACGUAGGGAGUUGAGGAUUUCGUUCCCCAAGUAUUAAUAUUAUUCAGAUCUGAAUAUUUUUUCUUCUUUUCAUAAUGUAUUGAUCAUUAGUUUUCAGGAUAAUUUCAAGGCUUUUUUUCCCCACAGUAUCUGUUUUUCAGCAGUAAAUAAUAUCAAAACUAGAUAAUACAAAAGAAUAAUUUUGUAGUAUUACUGAGAAUUAGUCAAAGGACAACUGUCUGAUAGGAUCUCAUAAGCUUCUUUUCUUUUAUGUUUGUGAUAACAUCAGUGUAUCAUUAUGAUAAUAUUAAAGGUAACAAGAGUAAACAUAUUUAACUAAAUAUAUAUACCAACAAUCUGU